ACUGCACCCGCAAACCGCAAACCCGUCCACACCCACCAAACCACACCCAAUCAUCACAAUGGCAUUCGCGUGGAAAGCCGCCGGUCUCACCUACAACCGCUACAUUGCCGUCGCAUCGCGCGUCGUGCGCCGCUCGCUCAAGGAAGACAAGCGCAUCGCUGCCGAGCGAAGGGGCGAGAGCGAACUCAGGUUUGCCAAGUGGUCGAACGGCAAGCAGGGCGAGAUGAAGGAUCUCAACGCUGCUGCUCUCCAGGCACAGGCUGACGCGGCCAAGUCCUCGUAAACCCAGGAAUGAGCGCAUGAUGGAUUGACGGAGAUGGAGAGAGAGAUCUGGGGAGUGCAUGGAAACGUAUAUUCUGUACAAUCAAGCUGAAUUGGGAGGAUUAUAAGCCAAUGCACGACAAACAGGGUUGAAUCACUGUC